AUGCAUAAUUUGAUUGAGCGGCAUGCCACGGAUUUGGAUUUUCCAAACUGCACUGUGAAGGCACCAUAUUGUGUGAACAUGGCGAUGCUCCACUACGCCCCAUCCGAUUUCCCAAUGGUUGGAUUCGAUUUGUUCUUCUACUGUACAUGGAUCGGCUAUAUGAAUUCGUUCAUGAAUCCGAUUAUUUACACAAUUUUCAACACCGAAUUUCGUCGUGCAUUCAAAUCGAUUCUCAUGGGUAAAGAUGGCCGAGGUGGUCUACAAAAAGCUUUUCUACAAAAGCAGGUUCUAGUCUGA